AUCUAUAGGAUCCUACAAUCUAUGUUAAAAAAAAGGCAUUUGACAUUUGUUGUCUCUGCCGAGUCUCAACUGCUGUUAUUACACACUAUUAAUUCGCGCCAUUUCAUUUCAAUGGUUACUACUUUUCAUAGCAGUGUGGCUGUUUUUAAUAAUGCACGUACGCGUGAGGAUAUUUGGUAAACCCGAUACCGUAGUUGCGGUUAGCUCGAAACUAACUAAAAUUGAACAAUUUCGACAUAUCAUAAAUGAUGCGUUUAAUAUAGACCCAAAAUCUCAACGGCUGCUAUACGGCGGUAAAUUGCUGGAUGAUGGAUACACAUUCCAUGAUUACAACAUUAAACUUAAUGAUGUCAUACAACUCAUAGUGUGCUCACAACCAGAGGCAGCUGCCGAGGUAAAAAAAGAGGCUGAGACCAAAACUGAACCUAAAGAUGACAUCAAGACCAAAGAGAUAAGUUAUAUAGAUGCUGAAAGCAUAAUAUAUCAAAUUGGAGAUUUAAUUGACAUGAAGGAUCGAGAACAAGGUGCCUGGUUUGAAGGUAAAAUAGUGAGGAUAGUACAGGACCCUGAUGCUCCCGCUCCAGCGCCAGCCAUCGGCAACACUACCAUUACUAAAGCAAGUGCAGAAGAGGAAAGUGAUUCGGAGAACAAGCCACCAAGUGACUCAGAAAACAAGCCACCAAGUGAUACUGCUAAUAGUAACGCUGCUAAACCAAAAAAAACUGGUAUUGCUGAUUAUUUCACAAAAACGCCAAAGAAGAAAGAAAUUGAGAAAGUAGCUAAGCCUAAAAGCCCAAAGGACCAGCCAGCUGGCAGGCACUUGUUGUACAAAGUGCAGCUGGAUGAUGAUGAUUCUGACACAUUCCACCAUUGUAAAUUAAAGGAAAUAAGACCAAGAGCAAGAAAGGCCAUACAAAUUAAAGAUCUGAAAGUAGGGCAAACAGUUAUGAUAAACCAUAACACAGAGAGCCCAUUAGAAAAAGGAUAUUGGUAUGACUUUAAAGUAGAAGAAAUAAAGAAAUUGCGUCUUACUCAUGAGCUCAUAGGUACAUUGUACCUAGGCCCCGAGGCGGUACCACAGAAUGACACUAGAGCCCGGGUGCACGACAAGAUCUUCGCCAUCGAGGACAUUGUGCCGCUCGCCGAGAGAACUGACGAGUACAAAGAGAUGAUGAUAACUCAACCUGAUAAACGUUCAAUGCCUCUGAACUGCUUGACGUGCCGCGAUAAUGAAAAUGUGCGUUGUAAGGAUUGCGGAUGUUUCCUGUGUUCAGGAAAAGAAUUUCCCGACAAAAUAGUCCUAUGCGACGAGUGCAACAAAGGCUUCCACAUGAUCUGCCUGGACCCGCCACUGCUGGAGCUGCCGGAGGACGACUGGUACUGCCCGGGCUGCAAACGCGACGCCAGCGUAGUGGUGGCGCCCGGCGCCAGCAAGCAGCGCAAGAAGGCGCCCGCCUCCACAACCACCAGGGACUGGGGCCGCGGCAUGGCGUGUGUCGGAAAGACCAAAACUUGCUCCAUGCCUGCUAAUCAUUUUGGACCUAUUCCCGGAAUUGAAGUCGGCAUGUGUUGGAGGUUCCGGAUACAGCUGUCGGAGUCGGGCGUGCACCGGCCGCCCGUGUCGGGCAUCCACGGCCGCGACGAGGAGGGCGCCUACAGCAUCGUGCUCUCAGGUGGGUACGAGGACGACGUGGACCAUGGCUACGAGUUCACGUACACGGGCAGCGGCGGCCGCGACCUGUCCGGCAACAAGCGCACCGCCGGCCAGUCCUGCGACCAGACGCUCACGCGCGAGAACAAAGCGCUGGCGCGCAACUGCGCGGUGCCAAGGGUGUCGGAGGAGGGCGGCGACGCGGGCGACACGUGGCGCGCCGGCAAGCCCGUGCGCGUCGUGCGCUCCUACAAGAUGCUCAAGCACUUCCCCAAGUACGCGCCCAAGGAGGGCAUCAGAUACGAUGGCAUCUACAAGGUUGUGAAGUACUACCCGGAACGAGGGCUGGCCGGGUUCCGCGUGUGGAAGUACCUGCUGCGCCGCGACGACCCCGAGCCUGCGCCCUGGGAGCCCGGCGCCAAGAAAUUCCCCGCCAUCUACCCCGAGGGCUAUUUAGAAGCUGAAGCACUGAAGCUGGCUCUGAAAGCAAAAAAUGCUAAGAAUGCUAAGGCGCAAAAAGCAGGGAAGAAGCGUACCAUUCGUGAGAUGUCCAGCUCGUCCGAGGAGGAAGAGACGCCUCCGAAGCGACGAAAGACUCCAGCUCAAAAGAAAAAGAGUCCAGUUCAAAAGAAUAAAAUAUUAAAAUUUACAUCGCCGACAAACAAAGCGGCUGUGAGUGAAGCGAGGCCGCCAGUGAAGACCGAGAGAGGACUGAGCGACGAGGAGCGGCAGGUGAUCGCGGCCGACGAGCUCAACGCCAAGCUGUGGAGCGAGUGCCUGAUGGUAGCCGACACGCGCGGGAAGAAGGAGUUCGUGGAGUACGUGAGCCAGAUGUUCCUGUGCAUCAUCUGUCAGGAGGUGGCCGCCGGCCCCGUCACUACGCCGUGCCUGCAUAACUUCUGCGGGGCAUGCCUGAAGUUAGCAUUCAAGUCGACGGGAGCGCGCACGUGCCCGUGCUGCCGCGCGGAGCUGGGCGCGGAGCCGGCGCACAACGCGCGGCUCACGGCCGCGCUGCGCGCCGUCAUGCCCGGCUACGACGCCGGCAGGACCUAGCCAGCCGUCUGCCUGCAGACGCAGACUGCCUCUCCAGGUACACGGACACCGCGGAUACCAAACUGACCUCCAUUUAAUUUCCGGCGAUUAUUUUUUCUUAAUAUUUUUAAAGUUGGUUUUAACUGUUACCGAAAACACAGGACGUCUAUUAUUAGUUAACCUUAAUUUAAAAAAAAAUGUUUUAUUCUGAUACACUUGAUUAGAACAUGGUUUUCACAAGUUGAUUUAUUGGGGACCUCACCUAGCAUCACAUACACACAUUACACGUUAUUAAAUUUAUAACGAUUUUUUAAUAUUUAACUCAAAAGACAUAAGACUGAUAGCAGAAUCCAUAGUACAAAUUUCCAUCUUAAUGUAACGACCGUAAAACUGACUACGAUGUUGAAUGACUAAAUGAAACAAACUGAAAUGUUCAACAAUUAUGCACAUCCUCAAUUCCUCAGCAAAAAUAUAAUUACUUUAUUGGUAUAUACCAAUUGAAUCAAUGCCGCACACACUCUAAAAGAAUUGGAGUUGAUUAUCUCAAUUUGAAUUAAUCAAGAUUAACAUCGAUCGUACUAAUUUCAUCGUAAUUAAGCUAAAAUGUAUGAUUAAGUGUUAAAGACUGUGUAGUCUAAUGUUGAUUAUUUUACUACCUCUAUAGAUUUAAGCAAGCAUAUUGUAUUACAAGAAUGCUAAUAAAUUAUUCUCAGGCAAUGUGGCUUUUACAUACACUGUGUAAAUCUAAUACGGGCGAUAAAUUAAACCAUAUACAACGUUUAUCCGUGUAAUCAUUAAAAAGUUUUUUAAGUUACAUCUAAGACCACGUAAUUAUUUUUUGAAAAUUUACCGAACAGCGAUGUAUUGUAAAAUCAUAACGAGACAUAACAUUACGAGAUACUACCUUUUUAUAGUAACUUUCAACAGGCGUGACAGUUACUUUUAAAAGCUCGUAUCUCAUAACGAAUUAUUUUGUAUGGUUAAUUUUAAUUGCGUUACUUAGAAAAAAAUGUCUCGAUAUAAUUAGGUCCUACGCUAACCACCGUUUAAAUAUUCGCUCAUAUUGAUUUUACAUACUGUAUAAGACAUAUUGCAUAACAAGGUUAUAAAUAUAAUGAUAAUUAUAUGUUAAGUAUGUUAAUUAUGUUAUUAUAAGACGGACAGCCCAAAGAAGCUGAGCUUCUGUUGUGACGCUGCGUGUGACGCUGAGUUGCACGGUACAAGUUAGAAAUAAAGUAUUGACAGACAUCGCAAGUUUCGUAACUUUAUCGGUGUAGCUUAGUUGAGUUAAAGGUACUUAUUGCUAAGUAAAUGUUAGAGAGAUGAUCCAUUAAGGUUCGUUUUACCGUUAUUCAUAAUAAUCUUCCUUGCGGUGUCCCGGCUUUUUGCCACGGUUAUGGACGCCUGGGUCUAGUCCAGAGAAAUGGCGUAGGCUUUUACGGAAAUGGAUUGCCAUCUGACCUUCCAACCCAGAGGGGUAACUAGGCCUUAUUGGGCUUAGUCUGGUUUCCUUGCGAUGUUUUCUUUCACCGAAAAGCGUUCGUUUAACUGCUAUUAGCUCUAAUAAAUAAAAGUGAUACAGAUCCCUUUAACGCAAAAAGGCUGCUCUGAAUUAGAUUAAAAAACUACGAUGCCAUCAAUUAAGCUCCAUAAAAAAAAUACUACACCAUGGUGUCAGUUUUUUGUGUCCAUAUUCCGAUAGAGGAUAACGCCAUUGGCCGUGUGGCCUGGUAUAAUAUUUACUGAGCUACUGAUGUGUGAGAACGAACGAUUGUUUGUCCAGCGGUUAACCGCAAUCAAUCUUCAUAAGAAUUCCACUGUUUUUGUUGACGUUUUUUGUUUUAUAAUUUCUUGAUUUUAGUGGAGAGCGCAAUGUCGUUCUUAAUUUUUAUUUUAAAUUAUGAGAAUACCCGACUGGCAAAUAAUACAUUGUUGAAUUCGUUGAAUUAAUCUAGUAUAAGUUAGUAUAUUUUUACUCGCAACAAAAAAAAAAACACCAUUCAAUAAAAAUUUAUAAAUUGUAACAAUACGCUAGUUGGGUUCAUUUCCGAAGUACUAUUUAAUUUUUUGAAAUAAACUUUGAACAUUUUAAUA